GGGCUUUUUUUUCUUUCUGUUCAGGUCUGUCGUGAAGCCCUCAAAAUAAGGUUUGCAGGUACUGCUGAAGCUGUCCUUGGCCAUUUGCUGGACAAAGCAGCUGCAUAAAGGCCUGGACCUGCCUGUGUGCUCUGGCAGUGUUUGUUUGUUUUCAAUUAUCUGUUGGAGGAAAUGAAGUGUCUUGCUCUCAGCCUGCCCAGAUAUUUAUAGGUUCCCACCACAUUCUCAGGGGCUCUGCCAUGGGCCCUCCCCAGCUCGGCCUCAGGAUGCUGGUAUAGCAGCAGCUGGCUGCCAUCCAGAGGACCUGUGGUGGGACAUCCCUUCCCCCUGGGACAUCCUCCCCCUCCCCUCUCUCGGCAGAAGCCAUGGAUGCCCACGUGGACCUCCUGACCGAGCUGCAGCUGCUGGACAAGGUGCCCACGCUGGAGAGGCUGCGGGCAGCCCAGAAACGGAGGGCUCAGCAGCUGAAGAAAUGGGCCCAGUAUGAGAAAGAGAUGCAGCACAAGAAGAGGAAGCAUGAAAAGAAGAGAAAUGCUGUGAACAGAAAGAAAGUGUCUUUUGAAGCCAGCGUUGCUCUGCUGGAGGCUUCUCUGAGGAAUGACGUGGAGGAAGUGUGUUACUUGCUGAAGAGCAACAUCAGCCCCGACCUGUGCAAUGAGGAUGGAUUAACUGCGCUGCAUCAGUGCUGCAUAGACAACUAUGAGGACAUAGUCAAGCUCCUCCUCAGCCACGGGGCCAACGUCAAUGCCAAGGACAACGAGCUGUGGACUCCACUGCAUGCAGCAGCCACGUGUGGUCAUAUCAACCUGGUGAAGAUCCUCAUCCAGCAUGGAGCAGACCUGUUGGCAGUCAAUGCAGAUGGCAACAUGCCAUAUGACCUCUGUGAAGAUGAGCCAACCCUGGAUGUCAUUGAGACUUGCAUGGCCUAUCAAGGGAUUACCCAGGAGAGGAUCAAUGAGAUGCGAGCUGCUCCGGAGCAGGUGAUGAUCUGUGAUAUUCAUGACAUACUUGCGACUGGACAGGACCUGAACAGGACUGAUGCCCAAGGUGCUACGCUGCUGCAUAUAGCUGCAGCCAAUGGCUAUCUGCAUGCAGCUGAAGUGCUCCUUGACCAGGGGGCAAGCCUGGAUGUGAAGGACUGGGAUGGCUGGGAACCUCUGCAUGCUGCUGCUUUUUGGGGCCAGAUGCAGAUGGCUGAAUUGCUCGUGUCCCAUGGGGCUAGUUUGAGUGCCAGGACAUCUUUGGAUGAGAUGCCCAUAGAUCUGUGUGAAGAGGAGGAAUUCAAAGUGCUGCUCCUGGAGCUGAAACACAAACACGAUGUGAUCAUGAAGUCUCAGAUGAGGCAUAAAUCCUCCCUGAGCCGCAGGACCUCCAGCACAGGCAGCCGGGGGAAGGUGGUGAGGAGGGCCAGCCUUUCGGACAGGACAAACCUCUACAGGAAGGAGUGCGAGAAGGAGGCCAUGGUGUGGCAGCAACUGGGGGCAGCAGAAGAAGGAAGAAACUCAGGUCUCAUUGGAGAAAUGGGGGAGACUCGGUCUGACCAGGAGAAUACAGACCCUAAUUCAGUGCUGGAGAACUCCGCCCUCCUCCCGGAGCUGGCGAACAAAAGCACCCAGUGUGACAGCGAGAUCCCUCUGCAGAACGGACUGAUGGCAUCUGCCAGCCCUUACCAGUACCCCUUCUCCAACGGGGACAUUUGGAGCGUGCACGCUGACCCCGAGAGUAACCCCGGGCACGUGCUGCCCUACGGCAGCCCCGCGCUGCCCGAGGCCCCGCAGCUCUGGGGCACCUACAAGGAGCACAACCACCAAACGCUGUCGGAACUGAAGCGGCAGCGAGCUGCAGCCAAACUGCUCCAGCACCCCUUCCUCAGCACCCACUUCAGCGCCGGCGUGGCGGGAGUUGCUGAGAGCGUGGGCGAGCCCAAGUCGCACUUAAUCGAAUCCAGGACUUCUCCCUACAGCUCCAAUGGGACCUCAGUGUAUUACACAGUGUCCAGUGGUGAUCCACCCCUCUUGAAAUUCAAAGCUCCCAUGGAGGAAAUGGAAGAGAAGGUGCACGGGUGCUGCAGGAUUUCCUAGUCUGGCCUGUGUCUCACCCCAGAGGAAACAAGACGUGGGUGGGCUGGUUGGAUCCGUCGCAGUGGCCAGGUUGUUUGCAUUCCAAAGGGAGAAUUUGGUUAUGGACAUCCUGACUGUGGCAGCCUUGUUCAUCUUGAAUUGUACUUUACCCUGCCAAUUACUUCCAUUGCAGCUGGAUGAGUAAUGCAGGUGGAGCAAGGCUCUUAGGAGAGGAAGGGAUGCACAUCAAUACGGUGUCAAAGGAGUCUCCUUAGCCUUGCUCCCUGGGGAAGAAAGGAUGGUGUGCUGCCUCCCCAUCCUUGGUAAGUCAUGAGAUGCCUUGGAACAAAGAAAGGAUCUGAAUUCAAAUCUUUGUGUCUGAGCCUCUUGCUGUAAGUCACCGAGCAGCUGGAAGGUGACAGUUCAGACCUGUGCUUUCACUCUUGGGUGAUGCACAUAUCCUGGAGGGGAGGUCAGCCCCUGCAUGCGGUUUGCAAGAGUGGACAGAGCUGUUUUCCACACAGCUGGAUCCAGCACUGCCAGGGCUGGAGCAACAAGCAAGCACAGAUGCUGCACUUAGGAAGUUUGCAAGGCGUUACCUCCUUGCAGUGACAGCUCACCAUCACAAACUGUGCUCUGGCUGGGUCCUGUUCUGCUCCUGUCAGCUCGUCACUGCAGACUGCCAUCAGGUUUGAAGCAGAACUUUUCCUGGAACAGGCUUCACUCAAUAGGCUUUAAAACUGGUGUUGCAAUAAAGGGGCCCUGGCAAUAGAAUUUUACUGCAAUAAAAUACUGACAAAGGUCUAUAUUGGAAUAAGUAAUUUAAAAAACUUAUUUGUACUAUUUAGACUCCUAAUUUGUUAAAACUGAAAAGACUUUUGUUGAUCUCACUUUCCUAUUGAUUCUGUUUGUUUACUCUGUAUGCUCAACACAGAUACUAGGGGCAAUAUGCUUUGUGUUCUGAUUUUUUCUGGAUUUCCAGAACCACAGGGCUCAGGAGGGAUGUGAAGGAAAGGCUUGCCAACACUAACCUAGGAACGCCAUGGAAGCAUUUCUAAUCCCGUAGAUGUGACAGCACUUUCAUUGACCUGCAGUCUUUGGCUGAGAAAUAACUUUAACCAUUGCUGUGGUAGUUGAACACUGCAGCAGGACAGGAGAUGCUUUUUUCUGGUUUCCAGCUCCCUUGCUGAAGCUGUCAGCAGUGGGCAGCAGCUGGCAGAGGAAGGUUUAAAGGCCUCUUUGUCUGUGGGGGUUUCCUCACACCAUCAGUACUUAACAAAGCCUCUCUGCAGCACCAACACUGUGUCUUGGUGUAUUCAUGUGAGCUCUGACAGCCCACCUGGCAAACACUGGCACAGCUCUGAGGAACUGGUCACACUUCAGUUGUAUUUAAGAAGUAACUGUAAAUCUUUAACUCUUCUGCACAGAGGGGCUGUCACACACGUAACUGUUUGCCUGCAUGAAUAUGUGUCUUCUUGGGCAGCUUAAAUUCCAAACUCUGAGGACAUCAACCUGUUUGGGUCUCUGUAAGCCAUCAGUGGAUUAAAUCUAGCUCAUGUAGUUGUGCUUCAGCCAAGCAACAGCAAAUGCAGCUUCCACCCAUCUUCCUUUUAUCUGGCACCUGUUAGACAUCAAUGUUCCCCUUCACAUGUACUCUCCCUCUGUGGGGAUCCUCACAGCCUUAACUUUUUUCUAGGCUAUAAAAAGUUGACUGAGGCUUCCAGUGACUGUUAAGUGCUACCCUCUGCCCCCCAUCAAAUCCACCCAUUGCUGGGGCUGCAUACAUUCCCAUACAGGGCUCUCCUCCAGGCAGCAGAGGUGGCUGUGUGUCACCACCACUGCCACACUGUGCAGGACACACCUUGGACCUGUGAGCUACCAGGCUGACAAUUUAAUGGUUUCAAUUGUAUGAAAGAAUUCUCUUUCCUCACCAGUUUUAGGUGCAAACUAGAAAAUGGUAGCAGUUGGUCUGUUUUGCUUAAAACCCCAGUUCUGCUAAAGACAGAGUUCAAAGCAUUCAGAGAAGUGGAAGGUUCCCUCCAUUGUUGGAACAUAUGCUAAUUAUAGGACUAGAAAAUACUUCUGCUUGACCUUAAGGGAUUUUAAAGUCAUUCUCUAGUAGUAAUAGGGUGAUUUGGUAACUGGAAAGACUUUACUGCAUCCAUGUGUGGUUAACAGUGGAUCUUUAAUUACCUUGAGUAAAUUAUUCUGGGAUAACACCAACUGUGGCCUGGCUAUUACAGAACAGGGGAGAUGAUCUUUCAGGUGCCUCUCUUCUCCCAUGGUGGAGAGGUUUGUCACUCCACAUCCAUUCUAAUGAGAUCUCCGAGCUCACUCUAAGAAAUUUUGGUGCCGCUAUCUACUGGGUUGUAUAUGGUGCAAAAUUUGGGCCCAGAUGUUGCCUUCCCUCCCAGCAAAGGAGGAGUAGGGCCCUUUUCCUUCUCAGAGCAACUUUGUGCUAGCAAGUGUAUUGAACCCUGCCUAAUUCCAAGGAAGUGGAGAUCAUGAAUGCAAUAGUGUAAAGUAGUUUGAGGCUUGCUUUCAUUGAGAGCUGUUAAUACCUUAGAACUGCAGGAAACCAGUCCAUUUUAGACAAACAGCUCUUUGGCUUCCAUUGGUAUUUCACAUAAGUAAAACUCUGGGAACUCAUCAUCCUGCUGUGAAGUCUUGUGGUGUCUGAUCAAAUGUAAUCAAUUCUUAAUCAGACAGGAGAGUUAUUAAUGGUAAGAGGCAGUAAUGGAUAAAUCUUGAAGGAUGAGUUUCACAGCCCUGCCAAGUAUUGACCUACCACUGGCUUUGGGCUGAAGUUGCACCAGGGCAUGAGCUGGAAGGCUGUUGAAGAAUGGCCUGGAAUGGAUUCAUGCUUCUGUGUGGUGACAUUUGGGAUAUAAUGGUCACUGCCUGUGGAGCACUGGCAGAGCUGUUGGUUGUAGGUCUGGGAUGAGGGAUUCUGUAAGGUGGGUAAUUAACCUGCUUCUGGUGAACUAUUUUGUGCAAAAAAACGGGCUUGGGGGAAUAAAAACCACAUAGAUUCUCUUACACAGGCAUUGUAACAGCCUACCUCUAGGAAUAACACUUUGCACUGUAAAAUUUAGCAGUGUUACAAUAGUGGGGUUUUGAUAUCUGUGUGUUUUAAAGGCCAUCCCAGAGGAAAGCUCUAAGGUACAGAGCAGAGGACACUUGGCUGUUUCAUUGGAUCUUAAUGUGGUUAAAAAGCUGUAGAACGUAGAAAUCAUGUUGUGACUGGCAUAUCUUAGUUUAUUAGAGGAGCAUUUGAGGGUUUUAUGAUAUACUGAAUGGUUUUAAGAUCAAUAAAUAUCUAAUUACAGAUUCAAGGCCAGAUUAGAGUCACUGUUCAGUUACCAGGGAGACAAAUGUUGUAUUGUUCAUAGAGACUGUGCAAAGAUCUGAGAAUGUGGAUGUACAGACAGGUCUGUUGCAGGCAGAGCUGCACAAGAAUAACCCUUCCUUCCCCUCACAACAUUUUCCUGUGUGCUGAAUUUGUACUGCUUCUAGCAAACUAAGUGGUUGAUGGGAGAAGCUUUACAUUCCACGUUGGAAGAAAUUUGUUAGAUGGAGAAAAAGGUGUCUUACAGAACAAUGUGUGUACUUUAGUGAGCUCAGCCAAGGAAGCCCCAGCACAGCAAUGUUAGAUAAGGGCUUGAGUCCCAUUGCUGGGAUGUGUUUGAAAUCAGACCUGGAUCUGUGUUUCACAUACCACAUGAUGUGAUUUCAGCCCACCUAAUUUCACUUCUUUGGUGCUCCUGAAUCUUAAAACCCUCCCAAUUUUGGGAAGAACUGACUCUAGCUGAUGUGAUUCUGUGCCAUCUUGGGGGUGUGGUUGAAGAACCACCUGGAUGAGGAACUUCUGGUAGGGAUGGAGAAGAGCAUGGCAGGGCAAUAGCAAUAAUGACUCAGUGCAAUACUCAGUGGAGGCAGUGAAUUCUCAAGUUUAUUGAGCAGGGUCUUACUUCAUGGGCUUGAAAUCCCUUAAAAGCUCCCAAAUGACAUUACAACUUCUUUCUAGUGUCCUUUUUUCUUCAGUCUUGGAGCUGUGGUUACCCACAUCAUCCCUGCUGAAACUAAAUCAGUUACCAUGGAGAAGAGAAUAUCCUGAGAAAGCAAUAGCACUGGUCUCCAGUGAGCUGUGGAUGAACUGUUGUCUGUCUGCUGAAGGUUUCUCCCUACACCUGGGUUAUUUCUGUGCCUUAUACUUGCUAAAGGUAACUCGUUUCUUCUUCUCUGGAAGUUUUCUGGUGACUAUACAGUUCUUGCUGAUCUUUAACUUGGAGACUUUUGCAAGGGGAUAACAGUUCAGAGUAUGGCAGAUUUUGACAUUAUUAUUUACUCUUUUGAUUUCUCUCAUGAUCAGCACUUCUCUGUUCCUAAAUUUACAGAAAGGAAAUGCACAGGGGCUUCAUUGUAUUUUGACAAAUCCCCUUGACUACUUUGGUAUGUCAGUUCUCUGCUGGCAGAAUCCAGAACACACUUGCAGCAGCAAGGUCUCACCUCUUACACCAGAACACAUUUACAUUUUUUGUUUUGUUUUGCCUGUGGAUGUGCAACAGAACAGUUCUCCCUGGUUGUUCUUCACCUUUAUUCUGUUUUCAUGUUGGCCAAACUGGUAGUGGACUUCUCAGUUCCCUCACACAAUUUGAGUACCACUGGGCUCUCUGGGAAACAUCUGCCAUGGCACAAUUACGACCUAGAAUAUUUUGCCAUGUUUCAACCGUGGAAGCUGUAGUAGAGGAGAUUCUGCUCGUGAUACCUGAUCCCAAAGCUACACCAAUGCAAUGAUCUCCACCCACAGCUGGAGGGGAGAUACGGGUUUUUAAACAGUGCAGAUGCAGCCUUAGUAUUGCCACCACAAUGUCUUCAGCCUUUAGAUUGGGGUGUGAGGUUGCAGGAGUGUGGAUAACCCUGGAGCAGGCGGGACUGCUGCGUGUACAGGACAGUAAGAGAUGAUGGCAAGCCUUCUGCAAUAACUCGUAAUUCCAUUGAUCAGUAGUAAAUGAUGUACAAAUAAAACUUGAUGAAAUGUAUUUUAUGUGAAGAAAAAAAUAAUGUAAGAACUGUAUAUUGUAUUAGCAGCUUUGUGUAUAAAAUGGCAUUUUGGCAAUCAGAGUCUAAUAUAUUUAAAACUUUUUUUAAAAAAGGAUAUUUGAUAUUGUAUGGAAUUGACUUUAUUGCUACUGUAAGUAUGAAGAUGGUUUCUUAACUUGUUGAAGCAAUGCAUAAAAUCUUAAACUUUAUGUAAAACUCAUGCCAAAAGCAUAUGUUUGACAGUAUUAGCACCUGACUCAGUGUCUUUAAUAGAGAGAUUGAAUUUUUUAAUUUAAAAAUUAUAUUAAAUUUCUUUUAAUAAU